AGGUACAGGGAGAAAUAAGACAUUAUAUAUCAAAUGUUUCAACAAAUAUUUCUAAUGAACGCAGACAAUAUGGCAAUCUAUAUUUUUUGGAUACCGAACUGGCAAAUCAGCUUCGGUCUGCUGGCCCGCAAAAUCGAACGGAAUUAAAUCGAGAAACCGUCGAUGUUAUUUCUAAUUACAUGCACAGCCACAAUCCUUUUGCUCAAGCGUAUAGAUUUCUUAAAGAUGUCUAUCAGGAACAACAACAUAACAAUCGUCAACUAACUUUAGAAUUGUACAUCAAUAACAACCGUGCUCGGGAUAUUAAUUUUAGACAAUAUGGCGCAGUACAAGCGAAUGAAAUAGCAGCCGUCUUUAUUUCUGAAGAUGGAAGACCGCCCCUGGAUCGUUGCUUACAUGUUUAUUGUCGAAACAACGAUCAAAUCAUCCACGAAUUACCAUAUCUUAGUGUUAACUGCGACGCAAUGACAUAUCCCCUAUUACAUCCAAGAGGUGAGCCAGGCUGGCAAUCUGGAACAGCGCAUCAACGUAGAAGAGGUGAUGUAUCCUUACUGGAAUACUACAGUUUUAGAAUAGCUGUUCGACCAGAUACUUUCAACCAAUUUGUAAUGGCAGGCAAGCUGACGCAACAAUACAUCGUAGAUGCAUACGUAAAAAUAGAACAGAGUCGAUUACAAUUUAUUACUGAAAACCAACCACGCAUCAGGCAAGAAAUAUUCCAAGGACUAAUCGACUAUUUAGACUCUAGACAACUUGAUGUUCACUAUCAACCAGGCAAUAUUUUCAUCCUACCGUCAACAUUCAUAGGAAGCCCACGCGCAUUUAGACAAAAUUAUUUGGAUGCCAUGUCUAUAGUCACAAAACAUGGGAAACCAGAUAUUUUCCUAACAUUUACUUGCAAUCCUGUUUGGCCUGAAAUUAGGAAUAACCUAGAUACAAACCAACAUUCCUCAAAUAGGCCCGAUUUUGUUUCGAGGGUGUUUAAGAGCAAAUUGAAGGAAUUAAUAGAAGAUAUUGAUAAACGACAUGUCAUGGGAAUUUGCGUUGCUUACGUUUACGUGAUAGAAUUUCAGAAAAGAGGACUUCCUCAUGCGCAUAUGUUGAUUUGGUUGGAAGGAUCAGAUAAAAUCUUGGACUCUGCAGCAAUCGACCGUUUAAUUUCAGCAGAAUUUCCCGACCCUAUCACGCAUCCCAACUUGCACGAAUUGGUCAAAGUACAUAUGCUUCAUGGACCUUGUACUGCUGCUCGAUGCUUAGAUGACGAAGGACAUUGCAGCAAACAAUUCCCGAAAUCUUUGCGUGAAGAUACAUUAUACAAUUCCUCUGGAUAUCCGCUAUAUAAAAGACGGCCAAUAGAAGUACCUAUACACAUAGGUAGAAGAACAGUAGAUAACGGUUGGGUUGUACCAUACAAUGCUUAUCUACUUGAAAAAUACGAAGCUCAUAUUAACGUGGAGGCUUGUUCUUCAAUAAAAAGCGUGAAAUAUUUAUUUAAAUAUAUAUAUAAGGGAUUUGAUAGAGCUCAAAUUGUCGUGCGAACUGUAGAGGAACAAGACGGUCAAACAACAACUAUUCAGGAACCUGUAUACAACGAAAUUCAAACGUUCAUGGACGUUCGCUAUGUUAGCGCACCUGAGGCAAUGUGGAGAAUUUAUACAUUCGAAAUGCACGAUAUGUCUCAUGCUAUCAUCAAACUUACUGUACAUCUUCCCAAUAUGCAACAAGUCUAUUUUAAUACAAAUAGUACCAUCCCUGACGUUGUAGAAAGAGCCGCAACACAACACACUACGCUAACAGGAUGGUUCGCUUUGAAUGUACAAGACGAAGAAGCUAGGCAAUACACUUACGUACAAAUACCUUAUAAGUAUGUGUGGAAAAUAAGUCAAACAAGACAUUGGGUAAAACGUCAACGAAAUUUUGAUCGUUUAAUUCCUAGGUUAUAUUUUGUUCAUCCUAGAGAAGGUGAACGAUUUUAUCUUCGUCAACUUCUUUUGCAUAAAACAGGAUGUAGAUCAUUCGAAGACCUUCGAACUGUACAUGGCCGUACGUACGAAACGUUCCGUGACGCUGCUAUUGCGAUGAACCUUCUCACGGACGAUAGCAUUUGGUUUUCUACUUUGCAAGAGGCUGUACGCGUAGAAAUUCCACGAGCUCUUCGUCGUAUGUUUUCACAAAUGUUACUUUUUUGUGAAAUCGAAAAUCCGUUAGCAUUAUGGGAACAAUUUAAAUAUCAUUUAUCCGAAGAUUAUAUACGACGCUUAAAUAAUAACGAACUAGCCUACAACUAUGCUUUGGCUUACAUUAAUCGAUAUCUAACACUACAAGGCAAAUCAAAUAGAGACUUUCAACUACCCUUACCCACUGAACCAGUAGAACACCUAAUCGAAGAUGAAUACAAUUAUGACCAAGCAGACGAACAACAAAUUGCUAAUAGGAACAUUCCUCUGUUAAACCAAGAACAACGCCUUAUUUUUAACGACAUACUUUUGGCCCUAAACGAAAACGAAAGGGUUCCACAUCGUCUAUUUUUUAUUAACGGAAUUGGAGGUGCAGGAAAAACAUUUCUGUUAAAUACACUACUGGCUUACUUACUAGGAAAUAAUCACCGUUAUAUUGCUAUGUGUUAUACUGGCAUCGCAGCCAGCUUAUUGAAAAAUGGCCAAACGAUUCAUUCUUCUUUUAUGUUACCGGUUCCAUUUCUAGAAAAUUCAACGUCGAGGAUUCGCAAUCAGAGUACAAUUGCUGAUAAUAUUAGAUAUUCAAAAAUUAUUGUCAUUGAUGAAAUAUCUAUGGUACAUAAAAGUAUAUUCAAUGAGAUAGAUAGAAAGACAAGAGAAAUAAUGAACAAUGACAUUCCAUUUGGCGGCAAGAUUAUCAUAAUUCUAGGUGAUUUCAGGCAAUGCGCACCUAUCGUUCCGUUGGCAGGCAAAAAUGAAACUAUUUCUGCAUCAGUGAAAUGUUCCCAACUAUGGCAAUACUUUGUUCAGUACGAUCUUGUUACGAACGUUAGAGCAUUGCCACAAGAAAACGAAUUCAAAGAUUGGCUGAUGACCAUAGGAAAUAAUUCCGAAAUUUUACGUCGCUUAGAAAAUAGCAGAGACACUAUAGUUAAAAUUCCUAAUCGUAUCAUUGUAGAAGAUGUUACUGAAAGCAUAUACGGUAGUAAUUUAACUGAACACGAUUUCACAUUAUUACAAAAAGCGAUUUUGUCUCCACUAAACAUUCAUGUCAAGGAUAUCAAUUCAGUUGUUUUAGAAAAACUGCCAGGUAGGUCACGGCAAUACCUAAGUGUCGAUAGUAUUAUCCGAGAAGACGAUACAACCGAAAAUGUUGCUGAUGAUUUAGAUUCCGCAUGGCCGCAAGACUUUUUAAAUUCUUUGGAUGCUCCAGGACUUCCUCCCCACAUACUUACACUAAAGAUUGGCGCAGUUAUCAUUUUAACGAAGAAUUUAGAUGUGAAGAGAGGCUUAUGUAACGGCACACGUUUAUUGAUUCAUAAUUUACACGAAAAUUUUAUAGAAGCGAAACGAAUGGAAGAAUCUAAUAAUGAACCUUCGAUCGAAUUUAUUUCCAGAGUUGAUAAUAUCGCUCUAAAUUCUCUUGAUCUACCAGUCAACUUGAAAAGGAGACAAUUCCCUGUACGUCUGGCUUUUGCAAUGACAAUUAAUAAAAGUCAAGGUCAAACUUUGAACAGUGUCGGCUUAUUUUUACCAGUAACAGUAUUUGAUCACGGACAACUGUAUGUUGCACUAUCAAGAGCAAGAAGUUUUGAAAACCUCAAGAUUCAAAUGAUAAAUAUAGGUGACCGUCAACAUGUAGCUGAAACUCCAAAUAAUCACUCUUACACUGUUAACGUAGUAUAUAAUGAACUAUUGCAAAGCAGCAUAAUCCAGUAAAAUGAAGAAAAAUAAUAAGAAAUUCUUUCUUGGACAAAUAUUAUACAAUAUGGAAUGUAGAUAUAUUUCAAAGACCAUUGUACUCAAGCGCUACAAAUGCAAAUAACAUAAGGAAAUAGAAAAGGUUGAUCUAACUAUAAAGUACAACAUAAAUGGUAGUGGAGGAACCAUAAUUUCACAAGCAAAAUCAUGUUACCAUAUGCUAUUCUGUGUAUUCAUACUUACUACAAUACUAAUGGGUCAAAUAAGGACUUUUAUAUGAAUCGUUGAAAAAAUAAACUAUGCAAGGAAUAUGAACGAUAAACCUACAAGCUACAAACUACAAUAUUAAUACUGAAAAAAGGAUGCAUAGUUUGCAACAACAGAUGGAAAUAGUCCGAGAACUUUUCAAUACAAACUGCAGAUUACACCAUCAACAAUCUUUCCAUUUUUAGCUUUAUUUUUCAGUUUAUUUAAAAUUAUACAAUAUGGAAUGUAGAUAUAUUUCAAAGACCAUUGUACUCAACCGCUACAGAAGCAAAUAACAUAAAGAAAUAGAAAAGGUUGAUCUAACUAUAAAUUACAACAUAAAUGGUAGUGGAGGAACCAUAAUUUCACAAGCAAAAUCAUGUUACCAUAUACUAUUCUGUGUAUACAAUACUAAUGGGUCAAAUAAGGACUUUUAUAUGAAUCGUUGAAAAAAUAAACUAUGUAAGGAAUAUCAACGAUGAACCUACAAGCUAAAAACUACAAUAUCAAUACUGAAAAAAGGAUGCAUAGUUUGCAACAACAGAUGGAGAUAGUCCGAGAAACUUUUCAAUAUAAAAUGCAGAUUACAUCAUCAACAAUAUUUCCAUUUUUAGGUCUAUUUUUCAGGUUAUUUAAAAUACUAAACAACAAAACAAUAUAUGAAAAAGCAAAACCCCACUUGAUUAAUGAGCAUCCAAUAUUAGAUCACAAAAAUUACGAAACGCUCACAUUUGGAAGGUCUAAAAAUCUGUGAUUAUAUGUUGUCUGCUAUUACCAUAAUGUUAAUGUAACAGAAACAGCUUGGAAAAAUAAACCUUAUAAAGAAGAAAAACUCGACUUAACCAUAAACUGCAAUAUUAAUGCUGAGAAAAAGACAACUUGGAAGCAACUAUAAUAGGAAAGAUGACAAUCAAUCAUGUUUUUCCAAAAACAGAUGGAAAAUGCAAUCUAUAUCAUCUGCAUUUUCUCCAUUUUCAGGUUUCUCUUUCAGUAAAAUUAAAAUUACAAAACAAAAGACACAACAGAAAGAAAAUCCACUUAAUAGUGUUUACGCAUUAUUAUAGCAAACCAUAUAUCUAUACAAUUACAGAAUGGAUACUAAUGUCUGAAACAUCUGACAUGACAUGAUGGAAAAUGAAAUCAUAUGAAAAAGGGAUAUGAUCUACCUAGAUAAUUUUUGCAAUAUGAAUACUGGAAGAAGAAUAACUUGGGAAACAUAGUCUAAUGAGAAACAAUAAUAAACACUGGCAAUCAUUUUUUGCGAAAAUAGAUGGAAAAUACAAUUUUCCGUUACCAAUUUUUUUCAGUAUACUUGAAAUUAUAGAACAAGGAAACAAAAAAAUCAAUGAAAUAAAUAACAACAAGAGAGCGAAGUAACUUAGAUGAUACAUUAAGUUUUGGCAUUUAAUAUCUUCACGCUGAUGUUAGAUCCUAACGAAUUAUACUUCGACGAUGAUUGAUAAAUGCCAUUCAAAAAUAUCAAUUGUUAUAAAACCUAAUAGACUUUACAAUGAAUACAUAGAUCAUUCUUUAUUAUCACUUUUCCAAUUUUCUUAUAUUAAUUGUUAGCUGUAAAAUCUAAUAAAUUGUAAUUUUUCAAAAUAAAUCAAUAUAUAAUUGAAUAUCA